AUGUCGAUCCCAUCGCUGAUCCACCCACUCUCUCCCCUUCUUCUGCUCCUCCUCCUCUACCUCGCCCCCCUCAGCUCCGCCUUUCAGAAAUCCGAAUGCAACGCCUACGUCCAAACAGCCCUAGCAAACGGCACCCUCUCCGCAAACUCCUCCAUCUUCCACCGCUCUUCCACCAACAGCCCCUUUUCCCAACCAGAGAAUAUAAUCCUGACCCUCCCUGGCUGCAAAUCGACCUGCGGUGCGGGGACAAGCUUCUACGACGACGUCGGUCCGCGCCUCUCGACAUGGCUCAUCCCCAUCCUCCUCCUCAUCGGAAACAUGCACAUGGCGCGCCUCGGGAAUGAAAAGUACGCUGCACUGCUGCAUUUCCUCGGCGAUCCCAUCGACACGAUGUGGUCGCUCCUCACAACGGCGGAGGUCUGGUCGCGCGCGCACAGUCUCGCCGAACGGACAAUCCCCAAAGCCCCCGGCGAACAGGAAGCCCAUUACAAAGCGCGUCUCGUCGACGUGGCCACCCUCUUCGCCGCAAUCGAGGAACUCGAGGGUGGAUCGGCGGACCGCGCGGCCGACCACUUCCACACGACCUUCUCGGCGAUCCUCGCCUCGCGCAAACCGUCCAUCUCCUCCGAUGCCUUCUACCACCUUGUCAAGGAGACUGCAAAUGAACUCUCGGAUUCGAGGUCUGCGGGGCUGAGACGCGCGGGGAUUGCCGUCUUUGCGUACUUUUACCACGUGAUUGCGGGCUUUGUUGAUGUUAUCGGUGGUGAGAGUAGUUCCCCUCCGGGUGGGAGGAUCGGGACGUCCAUGUUCAUCUCGUGGCUUAUCCCUGCUGUCCUCGUGAGUAAUGCGCUGGGCGGGUACGCGAGUCGGCGCACAGCCCUGAGGAUCAUGGAGCGCUUCGUCAAGGUCGUCUCCGGCGAGGGCGUCGAGGACUACCAGAUGUUUUCAGCAGACAAGCGCUCAUCGCUCCUCUCGUCGUGGAUGGGAAGAGGCUCUGCGGACGGAGGCCCGUCGCGAACCACAACGACAGACUUUUACGCCUCGCAGCAAUGGUCCGGCUCCAUCUACUGCUACCGCCCGCGCAAGAUCCUCUUCCGCGGCGGGCACCGCGAUACACAUCCACUCACACUCUUCGUCCUCGCCCUCCUCCCCCUCCUAAUCUCAACAACAACCUCCGUAACCCUCAUCUGGGUCACGCCGACAAUCGGCUUCGACUGCCGGAGUCUAAUGAUGGUCGCCAUCUCAUGCCUCUGGCUCCUCAGCUGCGCCAUCACCUUCCUAACAUACACGACCCGCCUCGCAGACGGCGUGUACCACUACCGCCUGACGCUCAUCAAAGACGCCCUGAUCGGCCUCCCAGUCCUGGGCGUGAUCGUCCUCUCCUCGUGCGGGAUCUUCAACAGCUGCCUGUGCUGGAGCGCGCUGUUCAGCCGGCGCGGCGGCGCAUACGUUGUCCUCGACGACCGCGACGAACGCGGGUUCAAUGCGCGCACGUGGUACCCGGCGCUUGUGGGCGCGUGUCUGGGGUUGCAGAUGGUUGUGUUUUUUGUGAUGGGGUGGAUGAUGAGGCAUGGGGAGGUGAUCUUUGGGCGCGAUGAGGAGAAGAAACAGGAGGAUUGGUUGGAGACGCAUGUGCGGCGCGGGCAUAUGGGGAGUUUGGCGGGGCAGGGGAAGCGGGGGGUGCAGAUGCACGAGAGGCGGGCGAGUGAGGGGACGGGGUUGUUGGGUGGCAGGGUGUAG